AUGGCCAUUUCGCCGGCCCUGGAGACCUCACCCUUCGGUCGACUCUCCACCGAGUUGCGCCUUAUGAUAUGGGAAUUCGCAUUGCACAGAGAGGACGGCGUUCGGUUCAAUCACCGCGCAGCGAGCYACGCAAGGAAUGAAAAAUCCAACGGGAAUACAUCAUCAGAAACCACAACAGACGGCCUUGAGUUAUCUGUAUAUCCAUUGGAUGAUGAACCACUCACUGCGGAGAGAAGUCCUUCAAUCAUGUCCCUAGCACAAACCUGCAAACAGAUCCGUUACGAAGCCACGCCCGUCUUCCUCGAGAUGAACUCAUUCCACGCACUCUGUCCCAUCUUCGAUAAUUCCAAAGGACAUGGCGAGAUCUGUCCUGAGGCCACCCGAUGCAAUCAACAACAACUCCAAUCAUGGCUCCAAAUUUUACACAACGACGAUGAGAGUUGGCCAUCACGAAUCAGACGCCUCACUAUCGACCUCGGAGUUUGGCGUAUCUGUGGCUGCAAGUCCUCCUCUCAAAGUUUCGUGGACGCAGUAACGGGAUUCUCCGCCGUGUUCCCUCCGCUGAGGAAUAGGAUAUUGAGAGUCCAAUUCCAGGUUCAGUGGCGGGCGAUCUGUCCCUGUUGCGAGAGUGAUACGAAUGAUGAGAGUGUGUGGCCUUUGGCUUUUGAACUUGAAAGGGGAAAUCAUGACAAGUUCUUUGAGGCUGUGAUGGAAGUGUGUCAGGGGAGGGCGAGUUGGAUUCUUGAGAAGGCGGGACUCUGUGGGAGGACGAGGAUGGCUUGGUUGGUGCAGCUUGAGAGAGCUAGUGGAAGGUUGGUGGAGAUUUUCAGGUUGUUGGAGAGGAGUGGGAGGGAGUGGGAGGGUUGUGAAGAUGUGGUUGAAGAGGUGGAGGUGGAGACAGCCUCGGAGUGA